CUCCACUUAAGCUACCGAUUUGGCUAAAUAAAUCGAGCCCGAGCGAGUCGAGUCGCGUCGCAACUCGAUCCCGACUCAUCACCACGCGUCCUUCGGACCGAGUCGCAACUCGCACCGAGCGAGGUCACCAGCCAUGGCCUCCUCCGGCGAGGGCGACGAAGGGCGCGCUGCCGGGGAGAGACCGGAGGGAUCCAGUCCGAGGAAGGAAGAAAACUCUUGUGAGGCUCUUAUGACUCUUUCCGUCGCCGGAGGCGAGGAAACGACGCGGCGGGGGUUUCAGAAGCUGUGGACGGACGCCGACGAGAUCGCGGUGCUGCAAGGGUUCUGGGACUUCACGUCUCGGCGGGGGACGGCGCGGGCGGACUACCAGCACGACACGGGUCCUUUCUACGACGAGAUCCGCGGCCGACUCUGCUUCGAUUUCAGCCGGAGCCAGCUGGUGGAGAAGCUCCGCCGCCUGAAGAAGAAGUACCGCAGCACGGCCGGGCGGAUGGCCGCCGACAAGCGAUUCGCCUUCCGGAGCCCCCACGAGGAGGCCACAUUCGAGAUCGCGCGCAAGAUCUGGAACCCGGUCUUCAAGCGCGUCCGCGACGCCCAAAGCGGCGAUCUUGACCACGGCGACGCCCUAAAAGAGGGAUCUUUGGACUCGGAUCCCGAUUUUAAUCCGAGGCCUCGAGGCCGCCUCAAGAAGGGAAAGGAAACGGAGACGGCGGGGGCGCUGCCGGCGAAGAUGGUGGAAGCGGAAGCCGCCUCCGUGGUGGCUCCGCCAAACAUGCCGAAUCUCGACAUAGUGGAGCAAACCUUGAGGAGCUGUCUCUCGCCGCUCUUCAACGAGAUACUUUGCAGCACAGGUAUCGGCAUAACAAUAUCCAACACCCCUCCAUUAAACCCCAAGCCACUGAACUCGAGGGCAGCGGCAGCGCCGGCGCCGGCGCCGGCGGGUGAUAGAUGGAAGCACCACCAGAUUCUCGAGUUGGAGGUCUACCUGAAAAGGCUGGAGCUUGUUCAUGAAUACAUCAAAUUGAAGCUAGAGGAGCUCAAAUCUCAGGGAAGCUGCUAAAACUAGAGAUAUUCUAUCGAAAAACAGAGAGGAAAAAAACCAUCUUGCUUCCAAAUCUUCUUCAGAUUUAUCAGUGACUGCCACUUUGAUAAUUUAUCUCUUGUAAAGGUGUAUAACCCAUCGGAAUCUACAAAUAAACUUUUGCUUUUACCAUCCUAA